AUGUACAGUGAUGGCAUAUUCAUUAUAAAACAUCAAGUGGUAAGAAAAUUUUUCUACAAAUCCGGGACAAAUUUUUUGGAGGAUAAUCGGAAAAAGGCAAUAAUGGCAAGAUUCGAGGCGGCAAACGUUCAAAGUCGGAUUGGUAUUGUUCAUCCAGUUGGUCUCGAUCAACAGCACUACCGAAUCUAUCCAACGCUACAAACUGGAUGUCUCUAA